AUGGUCCCACCAGUCUGCAGCAGUAAACCCCAUGUCUGCCUCUCCACUGUGGUCAUUCUCAGCAGUAUGGCGAUCAUGGAUUGCUACUUGAUCCAACAGAGCCAGGGCCCCAGGAAGAUUGGAGUGGCUGUCAUGGUGACAGUGGGUGAUGCCUGCCUCCUGGUUGCCCUGCGCUAUGUGGCAGUGUUGGUUGGUGCUGAGGUACGGACAGCCAAGCGCGGCUACGCUAUGGUCCUCUGGUUCCUCUACAUCUUUGUCUUGGAGAUCAAGCUGUACUUUGUCUAUCAGAACUACAAGGCCGACCGCAGGAGCCUGGGCUUGUUGGCCAGGAAAGCCCUCACUCUGGUGCUCUCCAUCUGCGUGCCAGCUCUCUACCUGCUCCUGGUGGCUGUCGACCACAUGGAACAUCUGAAGGCCUUAAAAAAGAAAGAGGAGGUGAGGAACCGCCUCCUGUGGGUAGCAGUUGACCUGCUGGACGUGUUGGACAUUCAGGCCAACCUGUGGGAGCCCCAGAAGGAAGGCCUCCCGCUCUGGGCCGAGGGGCUGAUGUUCUUCUACUGUUACAUCCUGCUCCUGCUCCUGCCCUGUGUCUCCCUCAGCGAGAUCAGCAUGCAGGGCGUCCACAUCCUACCCCACAAGAUGAUGCUCUACCCCAUCCUCGGCUUCAUCACCAUCAAUGUCAUCACCAUCUUCAUCCGAGGGAGUAACCUCUUCUUCUUCUGCGAUGCCAGGACCUCAGGCGUCUUCAUGGGCAAGAACGUUCUCGCCAUCGCCCUCAAGGCCUGCAGCUUCGCCCAGUACCGGAGGCACCCACCUGACUUACCCCCGACCCCUGCGCCUGAGCUACAGCAGGACUCGAUGGCCCCUCACCCCUCUGGGACUGUCGCCACCCUCCACCCGAGGGAACAGACGCCAGCACUGCAGAGUCUGGCCAGCGACUGUACGUGA